CGAUCUACCAACAAAUCCCCACUCCAAAUCUGCCCAUCAAAGCAAUUCAUCACCCACACCAAAAACAACAUCCAAACAUGCAAUUCUUCCAGCCUCUCCUUGUCGCUCUCUUCGCUGCCAGCAGCCUUGCUGCAGCAGUUCCAAAGCCAGCCAAUGCAGCCGCCCCUCCCACUGAACCCGAACUCCUUCCCAGGACCGCUGUUCCCGCCCCUCCCACAAUGACCUGCGAAAGCUCACAUUUCCCCAACCCGCUCGCCAAUAAGGGAUCACCUAACGCUGGCGAUGAGCUCAACUACCAAGAUUACUUUGAAUGUGGCGAAUCCUCAACCGUGGUGUUCAAAGAGAAGAACGUUCCCAACACUGACUACACCCGGAAAGCCAGCAUGCCGUCGAAGGUGAAUGCGCUGAUGGUUGCACAGAAGAAGUAUGUAGACUCAGGUGUCACAUCCAAAUAG